AUGGCUGCUCCAUCUCCCCCUCGUGAUCCUCAGAAGAAGGAUAAUCAGGUUCCAGAAACCACCCAUAACGUGCUCAAUACCCCCAAUGCCAAUAAAGAUUCCAAAAUGUCCUCUCAAGAUGCGCCCGCCGUCCGCUUCGCUUCUUCCGUUGAAGAAAUUACGCCUGCCGUCACCACGACAUCACCAACCGAUACCCAGUCGCCCACCGACGACGCCGCCUCCGGAGGUGCCUCUCUUUCAGAGGUUACACCUGAUCAACUAAGAGCUCUUUCCAAAUCACUUCAAGGAGCACCGUUACAGCAGCGACGAAUGAACGUUUUUGGCUUUGAGCCAUACUCACUACCUGCUUCACGCGUCUGUUCUCGAGAGGACGAGUCUGACAAUAGCAGACUCCCGACGCCGAACUCUAGCGGACCGAAAUCGCCCCGUUUUGGUCCGGUGCAUCCCAUGCAGUCACCCCCACUGACCCCGGCGGGGACCGACCCUUCAGAUCCGGCAAAGAAGAGUGCUGAACAUGACGACGACUCGAAAACUUCCUCGAGCGAGCCGCAGGUCAUAACCCCCCAGGCCUCAUCUUCCCAAGAUCCCUCCCCCCCCUCAUCGACAAGGAGAACUAUCCCAGUUCGAGCCAAGUCGGGCGAGCAAGUUGCUCAGAGAUCAGCUUCGGCGGAAGACCGGGACCAUGAUACGAGAUCGCACCGGAAAGGCAUGUUUUCCAUCGGGCCCGGAGGAUCUGUACCUGUUUCUCGAGAAUCUAGUCCGUCUCGCGCCUCAGUGUACUACUCCAAGCCAAUGACCCCGGGAGGAGACGCCAACGAUCCUUAUGCCGCCCACAAACGUCAGCCACAGGCCCCCAACCCCCAACGCGGUACGAUUGACUCGAGAUUUGUUUUUUCCAGGAGGAAGAACAAGCAUGGCUCGCCUUCAGGCUCAACUUCAAGUCUGGGCCGCGCCAGCGAAAAGCGUCACUCUGGUCUUCUGGGCAACUUGAAAGGCCACGGUGACGAGCUUCAAGUUCCACAUGACGAUUCCGCGAGUAUUUCCAGUAGGCAAGGCUCGUUCGCCGACCUCAAGAGAUUUUUCAAGGUCGGUGGGCACCAUAAAAUGAAGAGGGAGUCUUCCCCAUCUUCAGUCCGGUCAGGCACGCGGACUCCGCCCACGAGAUCCUCACAACAUCAACUUCCGUUUAGCGACGACCAUGGUUUGUCCUCGAAGUACGGAAAGCUCGGCAGAGUUCUGGGCUCUGGUGCUGGUGGAUCUGUGAGGUUGAUGAAACGAAGUGAAGAUGGAGUCGUUUUCGCUGUCAAGGAGUUCCGUCCUAGACAUUCUUACGAGACCGAGAAAGAGUAUGUGAAGAAGCUGACAGCCGAGUUCUGCGUGGGGUCGACUCUGCAUCACGGCAAUGUCAUUGAGACAUUGGAUAUCCUUCAGGAGAAGGGCAAGUGGUACGAAGUCAUGGAAUAUGCUCCUUAUGAUCUUUUCGCCUGUGUUAUGACGGGCAAAAUGACGCGCGAGGAAGUCGGUUGCUGUUUCCUCCAGAUCCUCAAUGGUGUGACCUACUUGCACAGCAUGGGUCUUGCCCAUCGGGAUUUGAAGCUUGACAACGUCGUGGUCAGUGAACAUGGCAUCAUGAAGAUUAUCGAUUUCGGUAGUGCCCAUGUCUUCAAGUAUCCAUUUGAGAACGACAUUGUGCUUGCGUCGGGUAUUGUUGGCUCGGACCCGUACUUGGCCCCUGAAGUCUAUGACGAGCGAAAAUACGAUCCCCAGGCCGUCGACAUUUGGUCUCUCGCAAUUAUUUACUGCUGUAUGACCCUGCGCAGGUUUCCCUGGAAGGUGCCUCGCAUGACAGACAACUCGUUCAAACUGUUUGCGGCUGAUCCGACUCCGGGGCACGACCCCAAGAAGCUAAUUUUGCCCUCAAAAUCAACCAAUGACCUGACAAGCACCCCAGCACGGGACAUUUUUGAGGACGGUAAACACGAACACAAACAGCCUCAGCAGAAGCCAGAACAGAAAGAAGGAGAGGGCAGCUCAUCUCAAGGAAACUCAAACCAAACUUCGGCCCGAUCUGAUGGGCAGCAACCGGAGAAGAAGGAGGUAAUCAGGGGCCCCUGGAGAAUUCUGCGCUUGCUUCCCCGUGAAAGCCGACACAUCAUCGGCCGCAUGCUCGAAAUUAAGGUCAAGGAGAGAGCGACGAUGCAACAGAUUUUGGAGGAGCCAUGGGUAGCGAAUACGGUCAUUUGCCAACAGCCCGAACCCGGCCGUGUCAUUCAUGCGGAGGACCACGUCCACACCCUCGAACCGCCACAACCCCCGAAGUAA